GUUCAAGUUAAAGGAAAGACUGAGUGGGAUUUAGGAGUGGCCAGAGAGUCGAUCAACAGGAAGGGAAACAUCACAAUGAGUCCUGAGGAUGGUUACUGGACCAUAGGGUUGACAAAUGGAAAUGAGUAUGAAGCUCUUGAUGCACCGUCGUCAGUCAGUCUCUCUCUGAAGUCUCGGCCUCAGAAGGUGGGGGUGUUUGUGGAUUAUGAGGAGGGUCUGGUCUCCUUCUAUGACGUAGAUGCUGCAGCUCUUAUCUACUCCUUCACUGGCUGCUCCUUCACUGAGAAACUCUUCCCAUACUUCAGUCCUGAUUGUAAUGAUGGUGGUAAAAACGCUGCACCUCUGAUCAUCUCUCCUGUCAGAGGUCGCUGGGGGCUGGAGAUGAUCCGAGAGGCGGGGGACACCACGGACAGGUCGCCAGUUCGUUACAGGCGUUUUGGGUCAAGGCGGAAGAAUCGGAUAAGAAUGAAGCUGACGCAAGGAGAAGAAGCAAACAGGACACAGAAGGAACCGAGCUGGCCAGCCAUUUCUAACCCACAAUGAUCUUGCUGUGAUGUAACAGUGUCUACUGCACCACUGCUCCGCCCAAACAUCAAACAUCCCAAAAGAAAGUGAUGUGUAGCCACAGAAAACACAUUGCUGCUGAAUAUUUCAUUGUUUUAUAAAGCUUAAUUUAAGAGAAAGUUCUUCUACAUUCCUAUGGUGUCUUUAGAAUACAGUAUGUGUCAUUGUUACACCAUAAAAAGUAAAUGGACAAAGAUGUUUAAUAGAAUUGAUGCCAACAGUAUUUUCCGUGUUGUUAAUUGGUGGUCACUUUGGCCAAUCUUUCCUUUUCCAAUGUAAGAGUCAAAGGACCGAGGAUGUUGUGUGCUCUAUGGAUUGUAAAGCCCUCUGAGGCAAAACUGUGAUAAAUAAAUUAAAUUGAAAAGACUUGAACACCAAACAUUGAAUAGAAGAGCCUAGUUUACACAUGAAUAGUAUUUUGUUACUGUUACAGGUUAAUGUAACCCUUAAGAUUUCAUUGCCUGGUUGACGACACCUCCUGGUUACUGGUGGAAUCAGCAAGUGUGGUUUAAUACAACAGCCAACGCUUCGGAAGAACUACAACAGAAGAGCAGCUGCGGCAAAAAUAGACCAGGAGCAUAGAAAUAGAGCAGAGAGAAAAGAGCUUCUGCUCAUGCAUCCGGUGAACAGCGUCAGGCUAGAAUGGCAGCCGACUGUUUUCAGAAGCGGUAAAGGAAACUAAUGAGACACACCUAUGUGGGGCGGACACUGGAGGGGGCUGAUGGUUACAGAAUGUGCUCUUCACUAUGCUAACGUGUCCCCUCGAUUCCUGUCUCCUUGCAUCUUAGUCCCGCCCACGGGAGAUGCAAGCUGAGGAAGAGAGGAGUCGAGGCAACAAGCAUUUGACAGACGGAGCCGUCAUUUUUAAAUCAGCUAAAUAUGAGGCCUUU